AUGCGGACAGGAAUACGAACCCCCUUGUACUGGAGGUUGGAAUCAAUAGUGGGCACAUCCCUUAUUAUCUAUUUGGAUUUUUCACCAUGGCCACAACGUGGAUUGAAAGGACUAAUCGAUAUUCAAAAAUUAAGUAAUGGAACAAGCUUGAAGUUCUUGAAUUUAGCUGGCAAUGAAAUUGAAUCUCUUAAAUCGUUCCAAGGUGGUGGUAAAGAGUUACAGAAGCUGAGCAAUUUGGAAUAUCUUGAUUUGAGCUAUAAUCGCCUGGAUAACAAUAGUCUAUCAUCUCUCAGGAGACUUUCAUCUCUCAAGUUUUUGAAUAUGGAAUACAAUCUCUUAGAAGGAUUAAUAAAUAUGGAAGAAUUGGAUGCUUUGGGCAACUUAGAGGUACUAAGCCUAGGAGGAAAUCAAAUUACUAAAGUUGUGGCCUCAAGAGAUAUGAGACUCGUCAGGAAUUUGAGUGCUCUUUUCCUUGAUAACAUUACGACCCAUGGAAGAAGCAGCAUUCAGCUGGAAUUACUGGGAGCAUACCCAUUUCUCAAGACCCUUUCUCUAACAGAUAAUAGCUUCAAAGGAGCAAUAUUUGCUCAAGAGCUGCAUAAUUUGUCAAGCGUGGAAGAGUUGUUUCUGGAUCAUUCCUCACUUGAUGAAGAGUCUUUUAAGAGCUUUGGAGUAUUGCCUUUCCUUAAAUUUUUGUCUAUGAAAGCCCUCAAUGCUACCCUACCUAUUCAAGGGUUGCUGAAUUUCAAAAAUUUGGUGUAUUUGGAUUUGAGUUUUUUUACCCUCCACAACAACUUCUUGAAAGACAUCGGAAAGAUAUCAUCACUUAAGAUUUUAUUAUUGUCGGGAUGUCAACUAAGUGGAACCAUACCUGCUGCCAAAGGUUUAUGCGAGUUAAAACAUCUUCUAAAGUUAGAUAUGAGCAACAAUGAUCUCCGUGGCACAUUGCCUUCAUGUCUAGCAAAUUUAACAUCCCUUCAACAAUUAGAUAUAUCUUCCAAUCACUUCAUUGGAAAUAUCUCCAUAUAUCCCCUGGGGACUCUCACAUCCUUACAUAAAUUACAACUUUCAAGAAACCUAUUCAAAAUUCCAAUCUCACUACUACCGUUCUUUAACCAUUCAAAGCUCAAGUUCUUGGAUUGUCAUGAGAACGAGAUAUAUGCAGAUAUAGAUGUGCCUAAUUUGACACCGAAAUUUCAAUUAGAGACCUUACAUUUGUCUGGUCAAGGAGAUGGUGGAGUGUUUCCCAAGUUCCUCUAUUAUCAGCAUAACUUAGGGCAUGUUGAUCUCUCAUAUAUUAAAAUGAAGGGAGAGUUUCCACAUUGGCUGAUUGGAAACAACACAAAAUUAAACACACUUUACUUGCCUAGUUGUUCUCUAUCAGGGCCUCUCCACUUGCCAAUUCAUUCCCAUGUGCAUUUGUUAGACUUAGAUAUCUCUGACAACAGCUUCAACAGUCCUAUUCCAACAGAAAUUGGAGUACAAUUUCCAAAUUUAUAUUUUCUAAACUUGUCUGGAAAUGGUCUCAUUGGUGACAUUCCUUCAUCAUUUGGGAAAAUGAGCCAAUUGAUAAAAUUAGACUUGUCCAACAAUCGACUAUCAGGCAUAAUACCCCAAGACUUGAUUGUUGGAUGUAUUUCAUUAUUUGAUCUCAUUCUUUCAAACAAUAAUUUGCAAGGCCAAAUAUUCCCAAAACAGGCUAAUUGCAAAGAAUUGGGUCGAUUAUUGUUGGAUGGCAAUCAAUUCACUGGAAGUAUCCCAUAUAGCAUACUUAACUGCACCGGGUUGAAUAUGUUGGAUGUGAGUGAUAAUCAUCUCUUUGGUAGCAUUCCUGGUUGGAGAAGGAAUAUGACUUUUCUUGAAGUCUUGGAUCUAUCAAAGAACAAGUUCUCUAGAACCCUACCAUCUAGCUUUGUCCCUCCACAGAUCAGAGAAGUUUAUUUAUCAAAUAAUAGGCUACAAGGACCACUGACAAAUGCAUUUUACAAUUGUUCUGAAUUAAUGACAUUGGAUCUUAGUCACAACUAUUUCACUAGAAGGAUUCCAGAUUGGAUUGGCAAGUUUCCAAAAUUGAGCUAUCUUCUUUUGGGUUAUAACAAUCUUGUAGGUGAAAUACCAAUUCAGUUGUGCAACUUAGGCCAAUUAAGCUUGGUUGAUCUUUCUAAUAAUAAUCUUUCUGGCCAUGUCCUCCCUUGUAUAACCGCUGCUAGCAAUAAGGUUAGGCAAGAAGAAGUUGGCACAAAUCCGUAUAUGGCUUCAUCUCCAGGGCUUGAUCUGUCCUGCAACAAUUUGACUGGUAAAAUUCCUGCUGAAAUAGGAAAUCUUAACAUGAUCCAGGUGUUAAACCUGUCCCAUAAUAGUUUGACAGGAUUGAUUCCACAAUCAUUUUCAAACUUGAAGCAAAUUGAGAGCUUGGAUCUGUCCUAUAACAAAUUGAAUGGCAAAAUCCCUCAACUCACUCAACUAAAUUGGCUAGCUGUCUUCAGUGUAGCACACAACAAUUUAUCUGGCAAGACACCUGAGAUGGUUGCACAAUUUGCGACAUUCGACAAUAAUAGCUAUGAGGGAAACCCUUUCCUUUGUGGACCUCCAUUGUCUAAAAGUUGCUUUUCUUCAUCAACAAUGCCAAGAGUUUCAGAGGAAGAUAAAAAAGAUCAUAAAAGAGAUGGUGGCUUUAUGGACAUGGAUGCUUUCUAUCAUUCAACCAUGAUGAGUGAGCUGAGUUUAUGUCCUAGUUUGAGUAAGCUAGGAUGGUUGCAGAAUAAUGAGCUGGAGCUGAUUGCAGAGUAUAAUUUAUUACUUGUUUUUAUCAGGGGAUUACAAUGGAAUGAUGAAUCUCAAGAAAUGAUCAGUGGUUCAUUGCUAAAUUCCAUGAAUAAUGAGGGUUUAGUAAAAAGGAAUUAUUUGGAUGAGGUUAUGAUGGAUUCGAUUGUGAUACUGCGAGAAAGAGAAGCUCAAUGCACUGUUGAUGAAGGUGGAUUUUUCAAAAAUGUAUUUCAAGCCAUAGAAUUUCUUCUUUGGCUAGCAAGGAUGAGGGAGCCAUCUUUGAAUGCCAUUGAUUUUGGAUUAUCUGUGUUCGAUGAAGAAGGGAAUGAUCAAUAA